CGGAUACUGCUGCUGGUCAUCGGACGUUCCGCAGCUGUCUUCGGCUGAACGUAGGAGAUAAAAAGGGGCGUGUCGCCGUCGUCGUCUGUCGUCGCCAGCCGGCCGGACCCUGCCCGCACCAUAUCUAGAUGUACGCUUCUGUUUCAGGGAAAUAUGUUUUGGCCAUGCCGAGCUCAAUGAUGAUCCAGCCGACUGAAGAGAUAGACCAAAGAUUACAGCUACCACUACUCCAUCCCAGAGGCCGACCUAGAGGUCACAGCCCCUUCGACACCAACGCCGUCGCCGUGGACGUCCUCGGCGGGGACGAGUCGGGCCACGAGCGGGCCUUCGCCCGCUGCGGCGGCCGGGGAGCCGUGGAGGCGUUCCUGGGCGCGGUGGAGCAGGCGUCCAUGGACCUGCUGUCGCGGCGGGCCCGGGAGGGGACGGCCAGGACGGUGGUGCUGCUGCAGCACUACCCAGGCCAGUGCCGCAAGGAGGUCUUCCUGGAGGCCCUGCCGGAGCAGCGGCGGGGGCUCGUGCGCGUGCUGUGCGCCUACGGCCACGUCCACGACCAGAAGUGCGAGGGCUGGGACUCCGAGGGCGCCUGCGACACGGUGAUGACGGGCGGCGGGGGCGGCUGCUGCAACCUCGACGUGCAGGCCGGGUUCACGGCCGUGCGCCUCACCGAGGCUGGCGGCUUCGAGGUGGACGUCGAGUCUGCGAGGGUGAAGCUGCCGGCCGACGGGUGCCUUUGGAAGCCUACGCCUCCGCCCCAGCCGCAGCACGUGUGAGCCGGCCCCGCCUCGGCGGCAGCAGCCCGCGUGGCCAGCCGCCUCUUGGUGGCUGGACGCAGCUCGGAACGCUGGUGUGUUUGGGCCCACCCUGGGAGGGAUCCAGAAGACCGAUCUUGAGCAGCCGUUGUCUCAGCUCGCCCUGCUCCGACUCCGCCUUCCGAGCUCUCCACUCAUUGCUGCAUGCUCCUCCACCCCCUCCCCCUCCAGUGUACAGUCGCCGUGGCGGACCGCCGGUUGUCACAGCGCACCCCGCGGCGCAGGAAUUCGGAAGGGCACCCGCGCGUGGCCGUCGGGGUGCGCUCCUCUCGCGGCCGCGCGUGGCCGCGUGGCCGCUACGCGGCCGCACGGCCGCGCACCCGCUCGUGGCCGGGAGGGGGGCCCGCGCGCAGCCGCGCGUGCCCGCGCGCAGCCGCGCCGCUGCUUGUUGCGAUAAUGCCAGCUGCCUUCGGGCCUCGCGCCGUGCUCGCGGCGCCGAGCGCUGUGCGCUGCGUGCGAGAGCCGCGGCCUGCCCCGGGCGGGCCGUGGCCGCGGCAGCGUACGGUCGGCACCGAGGCG